CGCUCACUAGACUUUGAAUACGCCGCUAAUGGCCUUGGAUGUUGACGCGGCAGAAUUUUUUCAAUAAGUGAGUAAAUCUAGUACUGUCCGCUUAGCCCGAUCGUUAACUCUUUUACCCUUUUCACCACAAUACCUUACCAUAGUGCUCUAUGACCUUUGAUGUCUAGUAUGGCAAAUAUAUACAUUCUUAUCUCCCCACUUGUGUUCCUUCUCUUCUCUUCCAUAUACCAUAAUCGUAAACUUAUCUUUACCCCUUUUCGCCACAAUAGUGUCAUAAUCCCAUAGGACCUUUGAUGUCUGACACACUUGUUCUUGGCUAUUCUUUAAGUCCACCAGCAUCGCCUUCUGAACCAAAAAAACGGUCUUAUCUGGGCUUCACCCCAAACCCCACUAUCGCCGUAUUUUGAAUACGUCGCUACCCUAGAUUACGCGACAAAAUGUUUAAAAUAAGUAAAAUAGACCGAAACGCCUGUUAAACCGUCAGAACUUUAUUGUACAAUCUAAUUUCAACAAAGGCUAUUCAAAUCGGAGACACGAGACUGGGCCCCAUGUGGGGGAUCACCCCUACCUUGUACCUCGGCCCUCGCCUUGACUAAUUUUGCAUGUUUCUUGUUUCCAUAUCCUUUUCUUCAUCGCCUGACCACUCAUCUUAGUCGUUAACUCAUUUCUACUCCUUUUCGCCACAAAAGUAUAUUAUAUGACCUCUGAUGUCUGGCACAUUAAUUUGUUUUGACCAUUACACAUUCUGGAAAUCCACAAACAUCGCCUUAUUAAAAAAAAAGAAAAAAAAAAAAAAUUGCCGGGGGCUUCGCUCCUCAAGCCCCAACUCUCGCAAUAUUUCGUUUACGCCGCUAAUGACCUUAGAUGUUGACGCGGCAGAAAAUUUUUCAAUAAUUACUUAAAUAUCUUUAUUACAAGUAUGAGGAAGUGGAAACGUUAUAACUCGACUUUCGCCAGAGUUGUUUUAUUCGAAAGUGCGACAUGUUAACUUCUAUUGAUAAGGAAAUGGCUCGGCAUCUAUCGCCUCGUAUCAGUACUGUGUGAUUAGAUUAGUAUGAAGUCUGUUGUGGUACUUGCAGUACCUUGUGUAUAAAGUUAGUAUCCAUUACAACACGGAAUCAGGAAUGAUCUUAAGAAGAAAGUAACACCGAAUUAGGAUGACUUCUGAAGAGGACUCUCAGCAUUGUAUUGAAACCACAGGUCUGACGGCACAAGGUCCUGGAGUCCACAGUCACACAUCAAGACCUUAUGCUGCCCAGCCUAGUGAUCUCCUCAACCCUGAAGAUGGCCUCCACAGUGAUCUUAUCAUGCACUCUCAAGGCCGCACUCCAGGUCUUCACUCAGUUACACCUAGGAAUAACCUGAGGGAACCUGAGACUUCAAUAGUUGAAACAUACUUGCCCAGUUCUUCAUCUUUGGGCUUGAGCAAAUACUCCCUGCUGAUGAAGUUGUUAAAGACGAGAGAACAAAGGAGGACAGGAGGUACAAAAAGUGCCCAGACUGUAAAUGAUGGAUAUAUAGAUCAUGGGUCUCAUGGCAGUAAACAGAUGGAAACUAAGGGAUGUGAGUUAUUUAAGUUAAGACAUGAAAGAUUUAAUGCAGCUGGAACCAAUUACAUCCCAGAUUGCACUAUAAAUCAUCAGCCAAAUGUUACAGAAGUUGAGAGAAAUGUGCUUUCAUCAGGAUUGGCGGACGAUUGGUCAAGUGAUGAAGAAAUCCAGUAUUUAGGCUCGUACAGUCAAGCACAGAGGGAAUUCCACAAUAAAAUAAAUUUGAAUGAGAGCGACAGUGACAGUGACUUUAAAAAUACCAGUCCUAUGACUUGUAUAAAACCAUGUAGAACAAUCCGUCAUUCUGAUCCAUUUGGAAGAAUCCUAGAUAAGUUCGAUAUUUUCAUAUGUAGAAUAAAAGUUUCUCUCUAUGCCAAAACCAUAUCAGGAGACUUAGAGGAAACUAGUGAAUCUCUGUCAGACUUGAAGAAAUAUCUCGUAGAUAUUAAGUCUAGCUUCUCAUAUUCAGAAUUGAUUGAAAAACUCUCAUCUUUCACUAAAUGUAUUGAAGACAACAGUGAUCUUGCUUCAGUUUUUCUACUUCAUUUUACCCAAUACAUUAGCUCACAACUUGCACUGGAAAAUAACUUGAAAGAAAUAAUUGGGUUUGUUGAGUGCAUGACACCAUGCUUAGAGGCUGCUAUAAAAGGACAUAUCUCACAGAAUAUAAUCAGUGACAUCAAGAACCAAAAUCUCAUCCAAAAUUUGUUACUUAGUGUAGCUGCUUUAUUCAGGGAGGAGACGAAAUACAAGGAAAGUUCCAUAAGAACAGUCAUGGAAUAUGCCAAGGGUGCAAACCCAGCAAAAGCACAAAUCAUUCGCAUGAGCACAGAAGACUCCAAAACUAUAUUCCAGGAAACAUUUGCAGAUAUGGGCCCACACAUGGAUCUCUACACUAUUUACUUUUGGUAUAUCAUCAAUGUCUGUAAAUUGGAAGUCAAGGAUGGGAAGCAGUCAUCCAUGAUAUCCAUGACCAAGGCUCUUGAGGCAUCGGGAAAGUUCAUAAAUACCCUACCUACGUCUGAGCUCAAGUCCAGAAAGUCGAAGCUUCCUUCAAUAAAUGAGAAGCAAACUGUUCAUCGGCCAGAUGAGUGUAAAGUCACCCAAGCAAGUGACACAAGUGCCAUUGGUGCCCCUUCCUCUUCCACCGCCACCUGUUCCUCCAGCACUGCCUCCUCCCCCACCAGUACUCCUACCACGGCCAAAGAGCUCCGUUACCAGUGGGUGGACUUCAGGCUAGGACAAAUGUAUGAGAAUGGAGUAACUUUCCUGGUGAAUAUGGAAAACUGGCUGGAGAAACUGCUAGAAAUCUCGAGAUUUGUGCAGAACCUUGAAGUAAAGAAACAAGUGCGGUUCUCUCCUUCUCUUGGCACUACUUUUGCUCUGUUUUUACAGGAAGGAAUCAGAACCCUCACUGGUAAAGCAGACAUAACCUACAUUCGUGUGCGAGUGGUGCGAGUUGUAGGUCCUGUUGUGUGUGUUUAUGGCAUAGACACGGGCACCACGCAUACCUGUCACUCAGUAGACCUCAUUCUCUUGCCAUCGACAGUCCUUAGUCACCCCCCUGCUGGACGUCUCGCCUUCUUGCCUGUUGCACCGACACCAGGUAAAACCCCAGCCCAGUACAAUUUACAGGUGUCGUGAUGAUCCUGAAGCUUUGCUAUUGCGCGAAGGAGGUGUCAGCACAUUCGUUCGUGGGCAAAGAACUGCUCACAUGAUGAAUGCCUCUGCAAUGUGGGCAAAGGAGCUGCAAGAAGAAGUUGCAGAGGAAAAACAGUUGUUGCUGAAUACAAUAUUAUCAUAAGAUACAUCAGUGAGUGAGUGAGUGAGUGAGUGAGUGAGUGUGUGUGUGUGUGUGUGUGUGUGUGUGUGUGUGUGAGUGAGUGAGUGAGUGAGUGAGUGGUGUGUGUGUGUGUGUGUGUGUGUGUGUGGUGGUGAGUGAGUGAGUGAGUGAGUGAGUGAGUGUGUGUGUGUGUGUGUGUGUGUGUGUGUGCAUGCAUGUGUAUGUAUCUAUAUCUGAAUGCAUAUGUGCAUGCAAUCAUGCAACCCCAUGUAUGUAUGUGUCUGCAUAUAUGUGUUAUAUAUAUUGAUGUGCACACAAAGGUAGAGAGAGAAUGAAUUGAAUAUGUAAACACAUUUUGAUAAAACCAGUACUAAUACAAUAUUAGUAAUUUUACACCUUCAAGUAGUUUUACACCUGUGGCUCAUAUAUGUGUGCAGUUUUGUAUAGGCAGUUAUGCAUAGGCUUGUAUGCUUGUGAAUAAAUUAUGAAGAAUAA